AUGGUGUGGGAAGUGGCUGAUGAGGAGCAGCAGCAGCCGCCGUAUAUCCAGCCGGGACGGAUGCUGGGGCAGCCGCCGCCGCAGCAUUUGCCGCACCUUACGUCGAUGGGAGGGCACCUGACGCACCAUAUGGGGGAUGAGAUUUGGAGGGGUGAUGUUUGGAAAGAGCCAGAGGCACUUGGUACUGGGGUGCAGUUAAGUGGGAAAAAGUUGCAUAGAAACACGAGGUUAGCAGAGUGUGAUAAAUAUAGGAGGAGGGUAGGAAAUGUUGAUGUUUUGGGUAAAUCUAGUAAGAUAGGAUGGGAUAGAUAG